GGGUUCAAAGGGUGGUCUGGUGCUGGUGUGCUGGCGCCAGACAUGGCAGGACAUUGCGAAGAAGAACCGACCUUGCAUCACUGUGGCAGGGCCCAUCACAGCUGGGGAAGUUGGUAUCACCGCGGGCCGGAUGGCCAAAAGAAAUGGAACGAACAAGGCAAUGGUUGGCCCCAUGCUUUUGGCUCCGGGGCAUGGGGUUUUGCAUGGAGGUAGUUCUGUUUUCGGUACCGACGCUGGCGCAAGGCUAUCAGCUAUAGAGGAGGAAGACACCAAAACAGAGCGCCAGCGACCGGAGGACUUGAUCAAUAACCUCCUUGCACUUGACGAUGGACCCGUCUAUUAUGCCAUGAUUCUGACAUAUCUCCUGCUGUCCUCUCUCACGGUAAUGAACAUGCUCAUCGGUAUUCUCUGCGAAGUCAUCAGUGUUGUGUCUCACGUGGAGAGCGAAGAAAUGAAGCUCAGUGCUGUGAAGUUCUCCUUACAACGGAUAUUGGAGGAGACAGAAGCGGAUGAAGAUGGUGACAAGAAGCUAAAUCGGGCCGAGCUGGAGCUUCUACUCAAGAAUCCGAAAGCUGUGCGGACGCUGGCAGAUGUUGGAGUGGAUUUACUGGCUCUCGUUGACCUGAUGGAUUUCAUCUUCGAGCAGAAUGAGGACCUCACUUUCCCAGAGUUUAUGGACAUUGUCUUGGAUCUAAGAGGGGACAACGCUGCGACAGUCAAAGACAUUGUUGACCUCAGACGAUUCGUCAGCUCACAGACGAAGAAGGUUGAACGGUUUUACAAGGAAGCUUUCAGAUCACCUUCGAUUGUGAAACCAGGGCCACCUGCCGAUGACGAGAAUUGCUACUUGCAGCCUGCAGAGAGUGCUUUGGAUCUUCAAGGUUGUCGCCGACCAGCUGGAUCUUUGCACAGAGCCAUUUCGGUUCUUGGUUCCAUCCGUACGAUCUUCAGAGAGCGAAUUUCGCGCACUGCCACUGUUAUGAAACUCAGGGCAGAAACCAAUUUCCUCCUGCAAAAGCAGGUGAAGCAGGCCGUCGGACCACUGGAAACAAUAGGCUCCGCGACCCUUUCCACGUUAGCCUUUGCCACCACGUUCUGGUGCCUCAGUGGUAGCAUUCGGUCGUCCUCGCCAGCGGUUGCGAUGCUGGUUCCCGCCGCUUUGGCAAUAGUUGCGCUGCUCGCCAACUACAUCGGCCUCGCCAGAUAUCGAACCCGGCGGCCGGCGAGGGCCUGGUUGGUUAUCUCGCUGUCCUUGUGGGCCGCUCUUGCCGCAGGGGCCGUUCUUGGAAACAACUAUUGGUGGACAGGAGUAGCCAAGUACAACGAGUACCAGCAGAUGGCCAACUAUGUCAACGUUGACCCUUCCGUUGACAAGGGCACCUCCUUUAUGGAUGCUGGCUCUGUGUACUUCAAGGAGGGCUCUAGCGUAGACUUGACCAAAGCGAUCGCAUUUCGGAAUGGUUUGACAUAUUGUGUGGCUCCGAUAUAUUCCGAGCCUUUGGAAGGAACGGGCAACGAGCCAAAGACCGCAGCAGGUUUCGUGAUUCCGAAGAGCGGAACUCUGGACUUCUGGGCUGUUGGCACCGAUUGCUGUGGAACGACGGGGACUCCGUUUCAGUGCCAUGAUGCCACAUCCCCGUUCGCCCGCUCUGGCCUGCGAAUCGUAGAGGACAAUCACAAGGCCAUGUACCAGCUGGCGGUGCAGGAGUGGACCGCAACGACUGGGAUCCCUGCACGCAACCCUUUGUUCUUUCAGUGGGUCGUGGAUCCCAUCGCAGUGGAGGAGCACUACAGAAGCCUCUCCAGCAACAGCAUGUUCAAGCUGACAUGUGGCUACGGUAUCGCAGCAUUCUUCAUGGCCUACGUGCUCCACAUGGUCUUCCGCCACUUCAAGGUUGCCCCAAACUUGUAUCCGCCAGACUUGUUGUUGAACGAGCCUUACGAAGACGAGCCUGCAGGCAGAAAGUUCUUGGCCCUGCUCCACUGCAUCGGCAUCGCCUACAUGGUGUUGGGUCUGAACACAGUUUGUGACGUAUACUUCGCGGGGGCUAUUGACUUGCUCUGCGAUGCCUGGAGUUUAACACCCGAUGUCGCCGGCGCAACCUGGAUGGCUGCUGGUGGAUCAGCCCCAGAGUUCUUCACAUCCAUGGUGGGUGCGACGAUUGCCCAAAACGAUGUGGGCUUCGGCACCAUAGUAGGAUCGGCAGUUUUCAACGUACUCUUCGUGAUCGGACUGUGUGGUUACGUGGCCAAAGGCAAUAUAGAGCUUACUUGGUGGCCACUCUUUCGGGACUGCACUUAUUACAUUUGCUCGCUGGCCGUACUGGCAUCCUUCACAUACAACCAGACCAUAACUGCUGGGGAGGCCAUCAUUCUUUUCUGUUUGUAUCUGGGCUACGUGUCCUUCAUGUUUAUCAACAGGCCCUUAAAUAUCUGGGCGUAUGAGAAGACAGGUACUCCUUUGAACAAGGAGCUGCGAGAAUAUGUCGAGGAGCUGAGCAAGACGAAGGCCGCUGCCAAGGUGGAGCCUGAAGAAGUCGGCUUACCAGAGCAGGAAUUGUCCGAAACAGUUGCUCCUGAGCCUCGCGAGCCCGGCCCGCCCGGCCUGCCCGAGUCCGACGGGCGACCCGAGACCUCCAAGGACAACUACAUCAAGGAAGACCGAGUAGUGAGCAAGGAAGUUGCAGAAGCGGAGCCGGCGGGGGACCAGGAGACGCAGGACAUAGAGAAGGCAGAUCCUUCCCCUGCCGCUGAUCCGGAAGAGGGGGACGAUGACGAUGAUGACGAUGACGACGAGCCUGAAGAUUUCUUUCUCAUACCAGAAGGCACGCUGAAUCGGAUACUCUGGGGCCUGAGUGCCCUGGCCUUCCAAAGGCUCAAAGAGUUUCAUGCGCAUCUUUGGAAUGUCAUUGCUGUGGAUUGGUGGGUUCGCAUUUCUUCUCGUUUGGUGGACCGAUAUCGUAACGACGGUGGUAGGCGCGGAGUCAUGCUUCUGCGAAUCACACCACAACGCUCCGAGAUACCCACCAUUGUCUCCAGCGUCACUUUCCUGGCGGCCGCAACAUCUAUCCCGGAUGCCGUCAGCUCCAUGGCUGUUGCCCGAAAAGGACAAGCCGACAUGGCGGUGAGCUCCUCGAUCGGCUCCAACAUUUUCGACAUCCUAGCUGUGAGCACAGGUGGGGGCUUGUCUCUGAAAGGACUGGUGCUCAUGUUACUCAGCCUGGGCCCCUCCUUCGCGCCAUGGCCGAUGACGAGCAUUGGGCGCACUGUGAGCAGACCCUUGCGUGGGACGACUUUAUCGACGAUGAUGCUUCCGGAGAAGCACAGCACAAUGAGAAAGCGCAGCCUGACCGGACAUCGGAUGUUGCGCUUCGCACUGGAGGAGAAGGUGAGACAAGCCUGCCGUGGUGGGCCAAACGUGCGGCGCAAUGGUCGCAACAGGGAUGGUCUGAGGAAGAGAUAUGGCGAUUUCAUCUGGGCCGAGCCGAGGGAGGGCCAUGAAUCUGAGGAAGCCAAGCUCGGGGAGAUCGAGGUGCCCGAGGGCGAGAGCAGCCGAGCUGGUGGCGGCGAGACGGAGGGCAACGAGGACAUGAUUACGCCCGAGGCCUUCAACACGAUGAGCUGCAAGAUGGAAGCGACCAUUGGGCAGCGGCCGUGGAACAGCAAAGGAGGAGUAGUGGGCAGUAGUGGCAUAGUCGGUGUGGGCAGUGGAGCCGGAGACAGCAGCGACAAACCCAGCGAGAAGAUUCCGGUGCUGAGCUUUGCCGGACACGCUGGCGAGGAGGGAGAGAUUGGAAGCGCAGCCCGCUCCUACCUAAGAAAUGUCCAGGCCUGGGAGAGGGUGACGAGACUACGUGAGCACCACCGAGGAAAAGCUCUUUACUCUGCCCUCAAAGAGCGAGCACGGCUAGAGGCAGAGGCCCUGGACCUGGACAAGCUCAGCUCUGCUUCGGGGGUCUCCUACUUCAAGGGGUGGAUCCGCGAGCGGCUCAUGGACAUGGAGGUGAUGCAGGCGGGCAGGAUCAUGAGCCAGUUCUGCAGGGUGUUGCGCCGCAACAACGACCAGAGCGUGAGGAGCUUCGCGGGGGACUUCGAUAGGAUGGUGGCUCGGCUGUCGGAGGUGACCCUCCCUGAGAACGUGCUGGCCUGUGUCACAGGAAGCGGCUUUGAUCCACGACCGCCCCUCGAGGAAGCCGUGGGAGGAAUCCAAUUCCAGCCGAGGUACAAGGCUGAAGGCGUGCACCUCGCCGGGAACGAGCUGAGCACCGACAGCGAGAGCGACCUGGACACAACGGCCGGCGACGGCGAGGACGAUGGAGCUUGCGUCGUCAGCGAGGAGACGCAGGAGCUGCGCAGAGGUGCCACGAAGCAGUCUCAGGUGCCCCUGGCCAUCAUAGACAGGCUCGUGGCAUUGCCUAAGUUUGAGGAGGACAGCGACUGCUUUAAGUUCGGCGCCUCCCGCCUGUACGGGGCAGACUGGGUCGUGAUCAGAGCCAGCGUGGUCCCAUGCAACGCGCUGUUUCUCGUCGGACGGCCUGCCAUGAAGAAGCUGGGUGCCCGGAUCGACCUGGGCAAGGAGAGCGUGGACCUGCGCCACCCGGCCGUGGCAGUCUUUCCCUGGAAGCUCGUCAAAGACGAGGGCAGAGACCAAGAGAUUUGGCUAUUCCACGUUGACGUUAAGCGUUUGCCGACAGCCAUCGAAGACAUGCUCGUGCACAGCACGCUCAUCACAGGCGAGACCACGCUGGUAACCGAGCUCGCCGAGUACGAGGUGAUCUCCUACCCGAUGUGGAGCAUCAACGAGGUGCGAGAGGUGAAGGAGCAGCGGACAGCACGUGCCAGCUCGCAAAUGGCCUGGUCUUGCCCGAGAAGCCGACGAAAAGGGGUCAUCACCACAAUGAUCAGGGACGUCGAGGCGGCCCACAACGACACGGUGCUGGCCUUCGGCCAGUACAAGGCCUGGGCCUACAGCCAAGUGCCGGCACAGUACCUGGAUUGGGCGCUGAACGAAUGGAACUUCGGCCAACUGCAGCGACGAUCUGGCGAGGUUCUGGUGCAGCUUGCGAAGGGCGCUUUGUACUGCCGCCGGCACCCGCCAAUCGACUGUGAUGUUCGCGGCAACGUCCUUUACGAGAAGCUUGCUCUUCUGUAUGUCGAUGCCUUCAUCUUGACGCCUUCGCCCUCGCUCCCUGGUGUGCAAACACCGGCCCUGUUCUCCGCUUGGGUCUUUGGGCUAGGAGACUUCUCUCAUAGAGGCUGGCGGGCUCGACUGCAGGGGACCUCAGAUGCAAUGGGCCUGGUGCGCUUGAACAAAAAGGCGCUGCGAAGCUUAGAACCUUUUCAACGGAGAAAGAUUACCACUCUCAGCUCAAUUGGAAUUGCAUUUGCAUUUUGCCUGGUCGCCGUGAUCCAGGAUCUAUCCAGAGAUCCGUCCGGCGGAGGAGGCCGGAGGCUGUACGAAGAUGAUCCCAUCUCCGUCACAACAAAAUCUCCGAGCCUUUAUCCUGACGACCUGCUCCUCAACAAGCCUUAUGAGGACGAGCCAAUAGGGCGGAAGUUUUUGAUCCUCUUUCACUGCGUCGGCAUUGCCUAUUUGGUUCUCGGAUUGAACACGGUGUGCGACGUCUACUUCGCGGGAUCCAUAGACUUACUUUGUGAUGCCUGGAGCUUGACACCGGAUGUUGCUGGCGCAACCUGGAUGGCAGCAGGUGGAUCUGCCCCUGAAUUCUUCACAUCCAUGGUUGGCGCGACCAUCGCCCAGAAUGAUGUUGGCUUUGGUACGAUUGUUGGAUCCGCUGUUUUCAACGUUCUCUUUGUCAUCGGCCUGUGCGGCUAUGUUGCCAAAGGAAACAUUGAGCUGACCUGGUGGCCUCUCUUUCGGGAUUGUUCAUACUACAUCAUGUCCCUGGGCGUUCUGGCCGCUUUUACUUACAACCAGACCAUCGCAGCGUGGGAGGCGGGUAUCCUCUUUGCCCUUUACAUUGGUUACGUUUGCUUCAUGUUCAUCAACAGGCCUUUGAACAUUUGGGCGUACGAGAAGACAGGCACCCCGUUCCCCAAAGAGCUUCGCGAAUACGUGGAGCAAAUGAAAUCCAAGAGCAAAGUGGAGCCAGAAGAAGUGGUCGUGCCCAGCACGGGUGCCCCACCGCCAAAGCCUGGUGCAGAUGCAGAAGCUGAACGGCCGGAACCGGCAAAGGACAAUUACAUGAAGGAAGACCGAAUCGUUGAGAAGGCGAAGCCAGAGGACGAGGAGCCGAAGGAUGUGGAGAAAGCCGGCACUGCCACGGCGGAUGGCGAGGAGGAAGACGACGAUGAUGACGAGCCGGAAGAUUUCAUGAUUGUGCCAGAAGGAGCCUUCAACAGAAUAUUGUGGGGCCUUGCCCUGCCAGUUUAUGUGAUGUUGUACUACACUCUGCCUUGGCCUUCCAAGGGCUCGAGGAUGUUCAUGCUUACGUUCGUCAUCUCCUUGAUGUGGAUUGGAACUUUUGCCUUCUUCCUGGUUUGGUUGACAGACACCGUGACGACGGUUCUUGGGAUACCCACUAUCGUCUCCAGCGUCACAUUCCUGGCCGCUGCGACUUCUAUCCCCGACGCCGUCAGCUCCAUGGCCGUUGCCCGGAAAGGACAGGCAGACAUGGCAGUGAGCUCAUCCGUUGGUUCUAACAUUUUCGACAUCUUGGUCGGAUUACCAGUUCCUUGGCUCCUGAAGUGUGCGCUGGAAGCAGACAACCCUGACUUUAAGGGUGUCAGUAUCCAGUCUCCUUAUCUGAUGUUUUAUACGUGUGUCCUCCUUGGGAUGGUUUUCGGCACUGUCCUCAGCAUCAAGAUCUGUGGCUGGAAGCUCCAGAAAGCGCUGGGUGGCUGCAUGGCGGUCCUGUAUUUCGUGUUCAUCAUCACGACUGUGGUGGUGGAGCUGACCCAACCGGUGUGGUUAAUGACAAACCCUCCGGCGUAG